AUGCCGUCAAGGGACAAGAUCAACCUCCUUUUCGAGCUCGACAGGAUGUUGUGCUUUGACAUUGACAACAUUCCUGUCGUGAUCAACGUGCUGGAGCAAGUCCUGAUGCUCCCUGCACGGAUCUGGGAAACGCAGGCACGAGACGACGCCGUCUACCCCGGGAUCCUGCCCACAGGUUUCGGUCCCUUCCUGGUUCCCGACACCCACGAGUCGUCUAUGCAUCGGACACGGAUCGUGUUCGAGCUGAACACUUCAGAUACAUCUGAGCUACUCCUCGACAUGCUCAGCGAGGACGAGCUGGAGUCUGUGGGCCAUCCAGCAUGUGACUUGGAUGAGGGUCUUUCCGAGGAUGAGUUUGUUGGAACGUCUGACUCUGACUCUGGUGGAGGCUUAUCCUUGUUAGAGCAGAGCGCUGAAUGUGACGAUGAGUAUGGUGGAACAUCUGACGACGACUCCGACUUUAUUGAACACUCAGACGCGUCGGGUGAAGGCUUUGAUUCUGACGCUCGAGAUAUCGAGUAA